UCCCCGCCCUCUACUCCGCCUUCCUCCCCAGUCCACCCGCCCUGCCGCUCCGGGGCGGUCCUAGCCGCUCACCGCAAGAAGAAAAGCCACCCGUUCGUCCCCCUCCCCUACCUCCCAUCCUUUGCCCAGGAGCUGCCUUGGCAGUCACGCCCCUUCCUUCCGAGGAGCUUUCUGGCUGCCUAAACUGGUAGACCCCCUGAAUUACUCCUCCGUCUCCGCUCUCUUUCGCCUCCUCUUCUCUUAGUUCUCUCCGCCUCCCCCUCCAACUACCACCACCUCCAGUCAAUCUCGCCUCCGACCAUCCGCUGCUCCACCCUCUGGCCCGGUAUCCUGCCUGUCCACUGCCACCAAGGAGAGCCCGGACGGAGCAGCGAAGAGGGGAGCAGCCAGGAGUUGGGGCUUCCCCCCUGCCCAUCCCUGGCCGCUGGCCCGGGACCGAAGCCACUUGAGCGAGCAGAGAGUCGUCACCUUGUCUUCGUUGCCUUCAGGGAGCUGCUGAGAAGGACAAAUAAGAUAGCAGAAGUGAAAGAACUUUUGUCUCCUUAGAAGGAAGACUGAGAAACUAAAGAGUGACCAGUGGUUGGACUCUUGGCGGCGCUUACCCUGAACCUGAGUGUUAGGGGAGAGGGAAUCUGCCGUUGCGGUUUCUGGAGCUGCUCAUAAGCAAGAAUUCCCUAUCCUGUUCAAGGCUUUAAGCCUAAAAGAAAGCAGAAAUAGGUCAAGGGCAGCCCAGGUGCCCAAUUUCUCUCUCUCUUCACAAGGCACCACCAGCAAUAGAGAUGAGAAAUUCUGAAGAACAGCCAAGUGGAGGGACCACAGUAUUGCAGCGUCUGCUACAAGAGCAGCUUCGCUAUGGCAAUCCUAGUGAGAAUCGCAGCCUACUUGCCAUACACCAGCAAGCCACAGGGAAUGGCCCUCCUUUCCCCAGUGGCAGUGGGAACCCAGUCCCUCAGAGUGAUGUGUUGAGUCCCCAAGACCACCACCAACAGCUAGUGGCUCAUGCAGCUCGACAAGAACCCCAGGGGCAGGAAAUCCAGUCAGAAAACAUCAUCAUGGAGAAGCAGCUAUCUCCUCGAAUGCAGAAUAAUGAAGAACUCCCGACCUAUGAAGAAGCCAAGGUCCAGUCCCAGUACUUUCGGGGCCAACAGCAUGCCAGUGUUGGAGCUGCCUUCUAUGUCACUGGAGUCACCAACCAGAAGAUGAGGACCGAGGGACGCCCAUCAGUUCAGCGGCUCAAUCCUGGAAAGAUGCACCAAGAUGAAGGACUCAGAGACCUUAAGCAAGGGCAUGUCCGUUCCUUGAGUGAACGACUAAUGCAGAUGUCACUGGCCACCAGUGGAGUUAAGGCCCAUCCACCUGUUACCAGUGCUCCCCUCUCCCCACCACAACCCAAUGACCUCUACAAGAAUCCCACAAGUUCCAGUGAAUUCUACAAGGCCCAAGGGCCACUUCCUAACCACCAUAGCCUGAAGGGCAUGGAACACCGAGGCCCCCCACCAGAGUAUCCCUUCAAGGGCAUGCCACCCCAGUCUGUAGUGUGCAAGCCCCAAGAGCCAGGGCACUUCUAUAGUGAGCAUCGCCUGAACCAGCCAGGGAGAACAGAGGGGCAACUGAUGAGGUAUCAGCAUCCCCCUGAGUAUGGAGCAGCCAGGCCAACGCAGGACAUCUCAUUGCCAUUGUCAGCCAGGAACUCUCAGCCUCACAGCCCUACUUCUUCUCUGACCUCUGGGGGGUCCCUGCCCUUGCUACAAUCUCCACCAUCCACUAGAUUGUCUCCUGGCCGACACCCCUUGGUCCCAAACCAGGGAGACCAUUCAGCUCACCUGGCUAGGCCGCAGCAGCAUUUCCUUCCUAAUCAGGCUCACCAGGGGGAUCAUUACCGUCUCUCCCAACCUGGCCUGAGUCAGCAACAGCAGCAACAGCAGCAACAGCACCACCAUCACCAUCACCACCAACAGCAGCAGCCGCCGCCACAACAGCAGCCAGGAGAAGCCUAUUCAGCUAUGCCUCGGGCUCAGCCAACCUCUGCUUCUUAUCAGCCAAUGCCAGCAGACCCUUUUGCCAUUGUUUCCAGAGCCCAGCAGAUGGUUGAGAUCCUCUCAGAUGAAAACAGGAACUUGCGGCAGGAGUUGGAAGGAUGCUAUGAGAAGGUGGCCAGACUGCAGAAGGUGGAGACAGAAAUCCAGCGAGUCUCAGAGGCAUAUGAGAACCUUGUGAAGUCAUCCUCUAAAAGAGAGGCCCUAGAGAAAGCCAUGAGAAACAAGCUAGAGGGUGAGAUUCGGAGGAUGCAUGACUUCAACAGGGAUCUGAGAGAGCGUCUAGAGACUGCCAACAAGCAGCUUGCAGAGAAGGAAUAUGAGGGGUCAGAGGACACCAGAAAAACCAUCUCACAGCUCUUUGCAAAAAAUAAAGAAAGCCAGCGUGAGAAGGAGAAGCUGGAAGCAGAGCUGGCCACUGCCCGUUCUACCAAUGAGGACCAAAGACGACACAUCGAAAUCCGAGACCAGGCCCUGGGUAAUGCCCAGGCCAAGGUGGUAAAGCUGGAAGAAGAGCUGAAAAAGAAGCAAGUGUACGUUGACAAGGUGGAGAAGAUGCAGCAGGCCCUUGUACAACUCCAGGCAGCAUGUGAAAAACGUGAGCAGCUAGAGCACCGUCUCCGGACACGACUAGAGAGGGAACUGGAAUCCCUGAGAAUUCAGCAGCGUCAGGGCAGCUGUCAGCCCACCAGCGUUUCAGAAUACAGCGCCGCUGCGCUGAUGGAGCUCCUUCGGGAGAAAGAGGAGAGGAUUCUGGCUCUGGAAGCUGAUAUGACAAAGUGGGAGCAGAAGUAUUUGGAGGAGAAUGUGAUGAGACAUUUCGCUCUGGAUGCUGCUGCAACUGUGGCUGCUCAGAGGGACACAACAGUCAUCAGUCACUCUCCUAACACCAGCUAUGACACAGCUCUAGAAGCUCGCAUCCAGAAAGAGGAGGAAGAAAUCUUGAUGGCCAAUAAGCGUUGCCUUGACAUGGAGGGCAGGAUUAAGACCCUCCAUGCCCAGAUUAUUGAGAAGGAUGCCAUGAUCAAAGUACUCCAGCAGCGUUCCCGAAAGGAGCCGAGUAAGACAGAGCAGCUGUCGUGCAUGAGGCCAGCGAAGUCUCUGAUGUCCAUUUCCAAUGCUGGAUCAGGCUUGCUCUCCCACUCAUCUACCCUGACUGGCACCCCCAUCAUGGAAGAAAAGCGAGACGACAAGAGCUGGAAGGGGAGCCUAGGCAUUCUCCUGGGUGGAGACUACCGUACUGAAUAUGUCUCUUCCACACCCUCGCCUGUGCCCCCCUCGACUCCCCUGCUCUCGGCUCACUCCAAGACAGGCAGCCGAGACUGCAGCACCCAAACUGAACGUGGAACGGAAUCGAACAAAACCGCGGCUGUUGCUCCCAUCUCUGUUCCUGCUCCAGCUGCUGCUGCUGCCACUGCUGCUGCCAUCACUGCCACUGCUGCCACCAUCACCACCACAAUGGUAGCUGCUGCUCCAGUUGCUGCUGCUGCUACUGCUGCUCCAGCUGCUGCUGCUGUUGCUGCUACCCCAUCUCCAGCAACUGCUGCUGCUAUUGCUGCUGUUUCUCCAGCUGCUGCUGGUCAGAUUCCAGCUGCUGCCUCUGUUGCUCCUCCUGCUGCUGCUGUUCCUUCUCUUGCUGCUGCUGCUGUUCAGGUUGCUCCAGCUGCUCCGACUCCGGUUCCAGCUCCGGCUCUGGUUCCGGUUCCAGCUCCAGCAGCGGCUCAGGCUUCUGCUCCUGCUCAGACUCAAGCACCAACUUCAACUCCGGCUGCGGCUCCAACUCCAGCUCCAACUCCAACUCCAGCUGUGGCUCAGGCUGAGGCUCCUGCAAGUCCAGCUACCGGUCCUGGACCACAUCGUUUGUCUACACCAAGUUUGACCUGCAAUCCUGACAAAACGGAUGGCCCUGUGUUCCACUCCAAUACUCUGGAAAGAAAAACUCCCAUUCAGAUCCUGGGACAAGAGCCUGAUGCAGAGAUGGUGGAAUAUCUCAUCUAAACGGCCAAAUCAAGAGCUGCAGAUUAUCAGCAAAAAUUAUUUUAAUCAUUUUCCCCUUUUAUUUGUUCUUAUUUUGAGGGUGAGGACAAGGGUUGGGGGGAGGGGACGUUUUUUAAUGGGACUUUUUAUUGGAACAAUGUACUACUUAAGUAAUACCAUAGGAACGCCAGUCUAUUCUGGUAUGCUUAGGAAGUACCUCUAAAGACAGAUUAAUCAGAAUGUGCUCUAAAGUUUAUUGUUUGGAUUUAUACAAAUACUGGGACUGUUAACAGGUGGCUAUACGUUGAUGUUUUCAGUGUGCUUGAAUUUGUUUAAAAUUUCCAUAUUCUAGGUGAUUUUUUAUUGAAGAGCCCAGUAUGUGUGGAAGACAGUGUGUAACAUGUAGUUCGGAAGUGGGAAGCUGGAGAGAAUUGAGUUUGUGCUGUUUUGUAUAGUUACUAUCCUGUACAGCAGCCAGAGAAUGCUCUCACCUCAAGCUUACAAAAGGGAGUGGUUUCAGGAGUUAUGUAAGCUGGAAAAAGGUAGGGAGUUUUGGGGUGCCGAAGGGUGCUGGAGCUACUUUUUUCUUCCAAUUUCCCAGUUACCCUGCCCCAGGGAAUUGUGUUUGUCUUCAUUUCAGUGGUGCUUUGGAAAUGGAUUCUUUUGGUUCCCUCCUGGAGGUUCAUACAUUCAUAUAUAUGCUCUGGAGUAAUUUAUGCAUUUGGAUAAUUAAUAUAUUGCUUUCUGAUGCUGGGAGAGUACAUUAACUGAGUGAUGCACAACUUCCUCUCUCUUAGGGAGUUAGACCAUCAGAGGCCAUGAUGGAGAGUUGCAUGAGGUGCAUAUGCAGACUUUCAUGGUCUGUGUGUAGCCAUGAACAAAGCUUGCUUGCAUUUAGUAAGACCAAUCAGCUUAGUGUUUAUUUCUUCUACAGCACAGAUUUACUGGCUGGGUCUCCAGUCUCAAAUUGCCAAUCAUUUACAAAGUGAGGAAGGAUCUUUGUUGACAGGUUGAAUGCUUUGAAUUUCCAGUGACUACUUUGAAAUAACUUGUUUUGUUUGACAGAUUGUAAGCAUAUGUCUUAAAAGGCAUUUUUGACUAUCACCUCCAAGGGAAUAGCAUCAGAAACCCAAAGUACUAUGCUGCAGUCAGGGGAGAGGUUGAUUGCGGCAGUAUCCUCAACUACCUCUUCUCGUUGUCGGUGACUCCAUCUUGGAAUACCUUUGGGAAGCAGCAGGAAAUGUGCAUGUGGGUAGAGAUCAAAGGAGGCAGUGGCUCCAAGCCUUGCCAUAGGGCUGCCUCCAAGGACACAGAAGAAUGCCAGUUGCCACAGGUCCCUGCCCUGUGUCACCUGUCUGCCCUUCAUUAAGGUGACAAACCUGCAGAGAGCAUCAUUAAGAUCAGUUUUAAGGGGUAUGGGGAGGGUGAGGGGAGUGGGGGGGUGUGUUAGGUAAGGGUGGGGGGUAGAAGUUUUGAGAUGUGUUAGUUAGAAAACAGAUUAAUAGAAGAGUAGGCUUGAUAUAUUAUAUCAUGAGCCAUAGUGGUGGGAAAGAACUUUAGCAAUAUAGCCCUACCCCCUCAUUUUAGUGAUGAGGAAUCUGAGAACUGGAGAGGUUCAGUGACUUUUUUAAAGUCACACAACAGAGCUAACCAUUAUGCCAAUUACCAUGCUUAUUUUGAGAAACUCUUGUUUUUUUAAAUCCCAUUUUAUGAAAAGGCAUCUUCAUGGUCCAGGGAAUAUGUAUCUUAUACAAUGUCCCUGGAUGGAGUAGCUUGUCCAGUCUUGACAAACUACCAAAUUUCUGUCUUGCUUCUCCUUCAGUGCCUUUUAAAAGGUUUUCCCUUUUCUGAUCUGCAUUUCAACAUCGAGUCACACAAAUGUCCCCCUAAGAAAUCAGUCCUACUUCUUUCUAGGAGAUUGGGUGUCUUAGAUAACCUUUUGUGGUUCCGCUGUGAGUAUAGGAAUGGUAUCUUUCCUAAUUAUCUUCCAGAGGAAUUAUUCUGUGUGUGUACGUGUUUGUUUGUAGAGACAUAAAGGUGGGUGUUGUGAUUUUAAGCUAGUUCUUUCACAUUUUCAAUGAGGAAAUCAUUUUACAUAGACAUUAGUCCUCAGUUAUAAAGUGAAUCCCAGAUAGAAAUUAAAAGUGCAGUUGUGUUAAGACUCUUUCAUACUACCCUUUAGUCAUAAGGAGGAGGAAAAAAACCUCAAAUAGUAGAAAGCAGCAAGUACCAGACUUCAGGAGAGCUACUUUCUAUCCAAAUCAGUAAUUUAAAAAAUACUUUUCACCUAUUCCUUUCAUGAUUAUAACACAUUGGCAGACUUUUCGCUGGCUCUGGGAGCCAUGAGUUUAAUUACAUUCUGCAAGGUGACAAAUGUCAUACAUUCCACAUUGUGUGGUAGCCAUCUCUUUAGACUCAUGUGUUUUGGGGAAAGGAAGAAGUUCUUGGCUAAGUACUGUUUUGAACUUUGCAGAAACUAUCUGUCCUCUCACACCAGAGAUAGUUCCUCUCUGCUCAGUUUCCAAUCCCAGGUAAUUUGCUAAAAUAACAUUGUACAUUUCAGAGAGAGAAGAAGAGUAUGUCAGUAUAUUACACAGAAGAUAGAUACAGCCUUUUCAGAAGAUCUCCAUCAGUUCUUCCAAAAAUUCAACUUUAUGGGUGAAAUCUCAAUUAGCCACCUUUUCACAGUUGUAUAGAUGUCACAUUUGGGGGAUCUUUCUGGACUCCUACCUAUCUGUGCAUUUUGCUGGCACCUCAGGAAAGGAGGGUGACCACGCUGACUGAGCUUGUACUGCCUGGUGGUCUCUGGGGACCUUCUAAUUCAGUUGUUCCCCAAUUUUCCAUGUAUAGAAAAACUUCAUUAGAACAAUCUUUACUUGAUAUGAAACUCCUAUUAAUAAUCUUUUUCGAAAUAAAUUUAGCUUGAGCUUUCUUUUAAAAUCAUGUAUCUUGAUUGUUGAUUUAAUGAAGGAUUUCCUUUUAAUGCUGCUUUUGAGCUUCAGGGUAAUAGGACAGCAGGAACCUAAAAUAUCUGCCAUCAUCUGCCAUAGGAAAGAUAUUCAGAGACCCAUCAUGUUCACUUUUUGUUGUUACACUGUUGGGUGGGUAUAACAAUUAGAAAAUCAACAAACUGAUUGUGCAAACUACUUUUUAUGACACGCUUAAACCUUCAUAAUGCGGCAGCUUAAAGUGUAUACAUAUGCACUAACUUUGAUCAAUAUUUGUUAGCCACACAAUCUCUUUAUUAUCUCAAUUGCUUAAUUGCAUAUGGAAUAUGUUACUUAAAAUGUGUGCAUUCUUACUGAAAAUGUUUUCAAAGGAGGGCAUCAGUUGUGGGCUAAUUGCCAUCAAUUUCAGCCUGCCACGAUUCUUGGAAAUAUAUCUUCCAACAAGUGUUACAAGUGUUGGGAGUUUAUUUUUUCCAGGAGCAAUGAUGGGUUACAUGGAGCCAUGAAACCUCCUUCUGGCCUCCCUUGUGAUUAAUGGCAUGUGUUUGUAAAAUGGAUAGCUGGGGGUGGCAGAUGGCUAGAGAAGAAUCGCCUGUGGUUUAAAAUGUAUGUGGUCCCCUAAUGAUUGUGACCCCAUUCUGUAAUCAACUGAGCUAGUUCCAAUAAAAUUAAGCAGGUUUAAAUCCACUUUGUGCCUAUCUUUUCACUGACAAUAAAGUUAGCUAUUUUAAAAUGCA